AACGUUUUCUAACAUAUCUACCUAUUCGAAAACACCACGAGGCUACGGGCGUAUCCGAGUUACCGCCUUUUGUGGCAGCGGAGACAAUGUCCUGAAUCAAUACCAGAGUCUACAAUGUGGAUCCAGCCGCACAGCCAGCUGAGGAUUGAGAAAAGCAUGGAGACGUACCUUUAUUUCUUGGCUCUGAUUCUUCGCGUCGGACUCGCUGUCGCGGACUCUUGUGUCACCUCAACCGUUUCUCUCACCACACAAGCUGCUACCACCACAAAUGCCCCAACUGGCAAAAAUGAUGCAAGCGAGAUCAGCCUCGAGAUCACAGGAUGCAACAACAUCACUGGUUUCCCUAACCUGACUACCGUGGCCCGCAUCAAUCUGUAUAGGAACAACUUCGCAGAGCUCAACCUCACAGGCCUCCGCAUCACGGACCAGAUUCGUAUUGCUAGCAACCCGAAUCUCGAGACGCUCGUACUCCCGGACCCGAAGCCAGGCCAUACCAUAUCCCUUCCGCCAACAGGCACGGACGCGCCCCAGUGGACGGUUGUCGAGAUCGUGGAUAAUCCUUUAUUGGACACGUACAAGAUCAAGUAUCAGGGUGGCUCCAGCUUUUGGGACUGGGGGUUACGCAAUCUAUCGCGGUUUACUUUCUCGGGUGGGAAUUUCCAUUCUGACUUCUUCUACCCCCUAUCAGGAGAUGUUCCAGAAUCCGGUCACGUUUACGUAACCGAUAGUUUCUUCCUGAACUCUAUGGACUCGACGUAUGAUUGCGCCUACUUGAAUUCGUUGAGAUAUCAUGGUUCUUUCAAGGGCAAUUACACUUGCCAGGGCAAGACCGUUGUUCCCAGCCUGGCAGGUAGGAUGCCGAUCUCUCGUGUAAACUUUUUGGGUGGACUCGUGGUUGCUUUUUGCCUCGUGCACCUGCUGGAGUAGCGUUGAGGGGAGAGCAGUAUCAAUCGGCGGCAAUAUUGCGAGGAAAGUGUGACAGAACCAGAGCAUAACUAAUGCAACUGAGGCACUGCAGAAAUCGCCCAAAGCAAUUUUUGAUUCUAGGAGCUUGAUAUGAUAGCGUCCAGUUAGUGGUUCCAUAGGUAUGGUGUAAUUGGAAAUUAGAGGUUGAUAGAUGCCUACAUAGUAGGUAGGUAGAUAUCACGAUUCACUGGCAAGUGCAGAGACUAUAUGCAUCUAAUUGCUUCAAGGUUGCCUACAUAUGUAGUAGGUACGUACAUGUAGGUACCUAG